AUGUUGAAAUCAUUCGGUGGUAUUGGAUCUCUUAUAUCGACAAGAUGUUUCUCAACAUCCUCUGUUGCAUUUGGAAGAGCUUAUAAAUUAGUUACCUCACGUCAAGUUGCCAAAAAACCACAAUAUAAAGCUGGUGAUUUAAAACCAUUAAAUAUGCCAAAACAAAGACAACAAUUCCCAGAUUAUAAAUAUGGUGAAGCAUUAUGGUAUAAACAAAGUAAUAGAGGUCUUUAUGGUGGUCAAUUUAGAAAAACCGGUCAUCGUAUUUCAGAAUUUAGAAAUAAAGUUAAAAGAGUCUUUAAACCAAAUGUUCAUAGAAAAAGAUUAUGGAGUGAAAUAUUAGAAAGAGAUAUUAGAAUUAGAUUGACUGCAAGAGUUUUAAGAACUAUUGGUAAAGAAGGUGGUGUUGAUAAUUAUAUACUGAAGGAUAAAUCAGCAAGAAUGAAGGAAUUAGGACCAACAGGUUGGAGAUUACGUUAUGUAUUAAUGAAGAAAGCAUAUCAAAAAGCUAACCCAGUACAUAAAGACGUUAAAUCAGUUCAAUUAGCAAAUGGUAGUGAAGGUAAAAAUUAUUACACUAAUCUAAGGGCACCGGGUUACGAAGGUCUUGUCACAUUAGGUAUUGGUAAAAGAAAACUAUUUAAAUUAUUAAUGCACCAAGAAAAAACACAUCAUAAAUCCCUUGGUGAAACUAUUAAUAUAAAGGAAAUCCACAACAAAUACUUGGGCUACUCUGUUCAAGAAAUGUUAACUGCUUUAGCAUCAUUUAAAUAUGAUUUAAAUUCAAUCUUACAUGUUCCACAACAAACCAAGUCUCAAUCAAAGAGACAAUAA